AUGACAUUAAAACACACGUUGAUGGCAGGUGCAGCUAUUGUUGCACUGGCAUCCUGUAAUGAAGCCGGCACUUCUCAGAGCGCCGGUGCCGUUAAGGAGGCGCGUAAAGCACUCGACCCGGCCAAUGUUGAUUCCACGAUCAGCCCUGCCGAAAACUUCUACCUCUAUGCCAAUGGCUCCUGGUUAAAAAACAAUCCUGUUCCCGGCGACCAGACGCGUUGGGGCAGCUUUAAUGAGCUGCAGGAAAAUAACUAUAAAGCACUCCGUGAGCUGCUGGAUGGCGCUGCCAAGCAAAAGGCGGCUGCCGGUACCAAGGAGCAAAAGGUAGGCGAUAUGUACCAGAGCGGUAUGGACACGGCUGCUAUUGAGCAGGCCGGCAUUACGCCGUUAAACGAGCAUUUCAGCCGGAUCAAUGCCAUUGCUGAUGCCAAUGGCAUCCUGAAUGAAGUAGCAUUGGAGCACACGAUGGGCAUUAACGCGCUUUAUCAAUUUGGUAUCUCUCCGGAUGAUAAAGAGGUGAGCAAACAGAUCUGCCAGUUCUACCAGGGUGGUCUUGGUAUGCCGGAUCGUGACUAUUAUUUCAACACCGAUAAAAACAGUGUUGAGAUCCGCGAUGCCUACAAACAAUACCUUGUGAAAUUGUUUAUGCUGAUGGGUGAAGACAGCACCACUGCUGUAAAAGAUGCAGCUGACGAAUUCAAGCUGGAAACAACACUGGCUGCGGCUUCUAUGACACGCGUUGAAAUGCGCGACCCUUACAAGCU